AUAGAAUAUCUGUAAAUUAUUAAUUAGUUAAGUAAUAUAGUUUGCAUAUAUAACAUCCAUAACAAUGGUAACUCAUAAGAAAGUAAUUAUUAUUGGAGGAGGAAUUUCGGGUGUAAAAGCAGCCCUUGAUUUAUAUAAUGGAGGAGUUGAAGAUACCCUAAUUCUCGAAGCUAGAUCUCGAUUAGGUGGAAGAUUGCUUUCAAUUGAUUCUACUAAUAAAACAAAUCAAGAAGAUAUUAAAUAUGAUUUGGGGGCUCUGUGGUUUCAUGAUUCUUUAAAUAAUCCAUUAUUUGAUAAAGCCAUUGAGAAGGGUAAUGUUAAGUAUUAUUUUGAUGAUGGAAGAAGUAUAUUCUUUUCAGCUCAUAAUAAUAAUAUUGAACAUUGGAAAUAUGAAGUAGUAAUGGAUGAAAUAUUGGCAUUUAUUACUUUAACAUACGAAAGAAAUCCUUAUAAACCAGAUGUUUCAUUAAAAGAAAUAUGCGAUGAAUAUAUUUCAAAACAUAAAUCUCAUUUAACUGAAGAUCAAAUUAAAUAUGGAUUAGGAGUUGUAAGAAUGUGGGCAGAAUUAUGGCAUGGAGAAUCUUGGGAUAAACUUUCAGCAAAAUAUUCUUUUGAUGGAUCAUCUCAUUUGGGUCGAAAUGUAUUUGUUAAGAAUGGGUAUAAAACUGUAUUUAACAAUGAAUUAAAUGAUUUACCUGAAUCAUAUAGAAUUAAUAAUAUAAAACUUAAUACUCAAGUUAAUUCUAUUAAUUAUACUAAUAAGAAACAAAUUAUUUUAAAAACAAAUGAUAAUACUAUAUAUACAUGUGAUUAUUUAAUUGUAACUAUUCCUCAAAGUCUUUUAAUAAUUAAUGAUCCAAAAGAUGAACAAUAUAUAAAUUGGCAACCAGUUUUACCUACUCAUAUUACUGAUAUAUUGCCAUCUAUACAUUAUGGAUCACUUGGAAAAAUAAUAUUUGAAUUUGAUACUAUCUUUUGGCCAGAUAAUGUUGAUAGAUUUUAUGCAAUAACUGAUAAUAUUCCUGAUAAUCAUGGAAGUAAUUAUAAAUCAUGGGAUUUCCCAACUAUAUUUAUUAAUUAUGCAGCUAUGGCUAAAACUGCAACUUUAGUAGCUCUUAUUCAAGCUCCAUUAUCAUCAUAUAUUGAAAAUUUAGAUUCAUCAAUUAAAAAUCAAAGAAUUUGGAAUCUUUUUCAACCUCUUAUACAAAGUAUUUCUAUAAUAAGUAAUAUACCUGCCCCCACUAAGAUUUAUCAUACACCAUGGAAUUCAGAAAAAUAUUCUCGAGGUGCAUAUGCAACUACAAAAGUUGGAACAAUUAAUCCUGAAAAAAUAAUUAAUGCAUUUACUCAAGGUAUUGAUAAUAGAAUUAAAUUUGCUGGUGCAGAAACGGUCGAUGGUAGCGCCAACGGAUGUGCUCAUGGAGGAUGGUUUAGUGGACAAAGAGAAGCGAAAUUUAUUCUUCAACAAAUUGCUCUUGAACAACUUCAGUCGAAGCUUUAAGAAAUUAAGUAGUAAUAGUAAUAUAUAUAGUAAAUAUAAUAGUAAU